CUCAGCUUAAGGUUAUACGCGUUUCGUAAGACGCGAGUUUGCGCGGGAAAGGCGCGCAUUUUACGUGUCAAACGUCAAAUUUGAUUUAUUUUUCAAGUGUUUCAUUUGAGUGGACUUUAAUUGUUUGUGAUUAUUGUUUUUGUCUAUGAAACUAACAUCAAAAUGGCGUACGAGGUAAAAAUCCCAACGAUCAAGUUAGAUGAAACUACACGUUCUACGUCGACGAGCGCAGUUCCAAGUCCGCGGGACUCAUACAACAGCUUGAUAACCAAUAAGGUUGAGGGCGGCGAACACUCCGACAAAUACGAUCUAGGGAAGGCAAGAGAAAAGAAAGAGUGCAGGCGCUCCUGUUGCUGCAGCUCCGUGGGCCAGUCGGUGUGGGGAGUCCUUCUCAUUGCAAUAUCUAUUGGAGGUUUCAUUGUCAGUCCCUUGGACAUUUUGCUGUGGGAGAAACUCAACAUGAGGGAAGGUUUGCCUCCGUACGAAUGGUGGUCGGACCCACCAGAUGAACUAUUGAUGAGGAUCUAUAUCUUCAACGUUACAAACCACGACAGAUUCUUGAAUGGACUUGAUGCGAAGAUCAACGUUGAGGAGAUUGGUCCUAUUGUUUAUUUAGAGAAGUUACUGCAUUCAAACGAGACAUUUAAUGAAAAUAGCACAUUAUCGUACAAGGCGAGGAGGUUUCUUGUCUACCUUCCAGAGAAGAACACAAUAAAUCUGAACAGCACUAUAGUUGUGCCGAACUUAGCACUCUUGGGCAUAGCAUCUCGUCUUUAUGAUGCAAAUUACUUUAUGAGAACCGGCUUCAAAUUCCUGGCGAACUCACACGGGAGCACAUUCUUCAAUCAGAUCAGUAUAUACCAAUAUUUAUGGGACUACCAGGAUUCAAUAUUGGAGACGACCAAAAGCUUAGCACCGAAUAUGGUGCCCACGACAAAUAUGGGGGUAUUAAAAGGGAUCUAUGAAGGAUUUGCCGAUGACGUCACCGUUAUGAUGGGCCCAAAAUAUGGACACGAGAACUUCUUCAAAAUUGUUCGAUUCAACAACAGGGAGCAGUUAAAAGGUUAUAACUUAGAUACAUGCCCCGACCGUAUCACAGGCGCAACAGAAGGAGUUAUGUAUCACCAGCGUAUGAAGAAAACUGACGUGCUAAAAUAUUUGAGGAAAACUAUAUGUCGGACAAUGUCUUUACAUUUCGAUGAGGAACUGACCGUAGACAACGUGCCAGUGUACAGAUUCAACUUGUCGGAUGACGCAUUCAACAGAAUUAGAAAUGGAACGGAUUGUUACGACACCGUUCCGUCUUUACCAGACGGUGUAACGGACACGUCGAAAUGUUUUGACGGAAUACCUAUGGUGGCGUCUUAUCCACACUUUUACACCGGUUUGCCACACCGCAACAAAUAUGUAACAGGACUUAAGCCUGAUAAGGAAAAACAUAAUUCAUAUGUUCUUGUGGAACCGUUAACCGGCACGCCAUUCCGAGCUUUAGCCAGAAUGCAAUGUAACUUACGAGUACAGAAUCUGUCUGUAUUCCAUGGCGACAAUUAUGAUAAGUUCUCCGAGCUCAUAAUACCAUUGACAUGGAUUGAAUAUAGUCAAGAAGGUCUACCAAAUACCAUACGCUAUACGAUUUACUUCAUGGUAGUAAUUCUACCACCUUUAUCUACUAUUUUACUUACUUUCACGUUAGUUCUAGGAUUCUAUUAUGUAAUAAAACAAGUAUUUCGAGUCAAGAAAGAUUUAUUUAGAUCUUUCCUAUCAUUGUAUAAAGAAGAGGAUGUAUUAUGUAAGAAUAAAGUAAUCGCGUAUGAAACUGAAUCGUUUUUGAAAGUGCCAAGUUAAUUUCUUAAUAAGCUUUAGAUUAAUUAUUGUUUCUAUUUAUACUAUGACUGUGCCAUGAACGUGUAUUAUUUGAUAGGUGGCCAUAGAUAAAGUUUAAACUCUAAAGAUCAAAUGAUCACAAACAGAAUUCAUUGAAAUUUGGCAAUGAAAUGUCACUGUCAUGUCAAACUUUAUCUAUCCCAAAUAAUGUGCAGUCUGCGUAUAGUGCGUAUUGCAUAGUGAACUCAACCUGACAUUUGCUAAAUUGUGAUUGCCCUGCCUAAAAAGGCACCGCAACAAUAGAAGGAAUUAAAAUUAUUAAAUGCAAAGUGCAGGCUGCAAAGGUGGCAGGGACCGAAAUACAAUAAACAGGAAAUAUUAUUAAUAAAUAUAUAUAUUUACUAAAACAAGUAGGUUAUUAUAAAGUGCAAACUUCUUGCUUAGCAUCCGAAAGACAUUCUUCAUGAAGUAGGGAAUAACAAGUGCCAGACUGGUAUUUUUUAACAUUAUAUUUAAUUUUAUUAAAGUAACAUUGCAACAAUUUUGUUUCAAUUAGGUAUAUUGCGGUGGAUACUUUAAUAGUAAUUAUAUAGUGACUCGUAAACUAAUAAUUAUUGAGAUAAAAGAAUUUGCCAAUUGCCUGGCUAUUAUACUUUUGCUAUUACGUGGUGGAACGACAAAACAGCUGUUGUAUUCAUAAACUUAGUAUACUACCGUAAUAUACUUAGUUUGAGGUGAAAGAACUUAGGUGUAACGUCAGUUCUACCAUUGUACCCAGAGAAAAUGUAUUUUUUUUUUUUCUGAAAAAAGAAAUACCAACAUCGUUUAAGAAAUUACUGUGAGUACGCUCGUGCCGAUUAAAUCAUUCAAAUACUAAACGAAAUUUAUAGUACUUGUAAAAUUAGUAGGUAUUUAUUAUGCGUACAAAUAAUUACAACAUAUUUUUUGCUCACGCUCUCACAGUCAUAGUAUGCAUGGAAUAUAGACAGAGAAAUGAAAUGGUAGUAAGACUGAAUAGAACUUGUUGUGAAUAAUAUUUUAAGUGCUUCCUUUUGAAUUAAUAUUGUAGUAAAUAUAACAUGGCUGAAAAUAGUUGCACAUUACCUAACUCAUACAAAUUGUGUAGGAUUUGAAAAAGUUUAACUGAAGUUUAAUUUAGUGGCAAAUGUGGGGAGACAAGGAAUUUGUAAAAAAAAAUAUUUAGAUAUAUCGGUUUAGGGCUUCAUUUUUAAUUAUAGUACCUAGUUAUUACUAUACGUUUUUUUAAUGUAAAACUACGCCGAAAGCUUUUUUUUAUAUAAAUGAUGGGCAAUUUAGGAAACGCUUUCAAAUAAAGUGUCUCUUAAACCGAAAUAAGCUAGGAAUUUUUAGUAGUAAAUUUUUAUACUCAAUAGGUUGUGCGAACACAAUAUUUAGAUGUAUUAUUUUGGUUGACUUGAUUUACUGGUUUAUAAGUUGCUGAUUAGUUAUUACACUAAACUAACCACUGGUUCCUAAAAGCAUCCUGUACGUUUAAAUCUUAGAUUGUUUAUACGUCUAGAUAGACUGUGACAGCUAUGAAAACGUCGAAAUAUAUCGAUAUAAUAAAAUCUAUUUUGAGCAAUGCAAAUCGUAGACGUAGCUUUUCACGCACACUGAAGUAAUAAACCUGUUUUCAUUGUUGUCUAGCAGCAAGAGGCUCUAUCUAGACAUAUAAAUUAACUAAGGUUUAAAUAGAGAUAUAAUCAACGUGUCAUAUUUUUCUCACUAUUUCUCUAAGUCUCAAAUUACUACGGCUUAAUAAGUCUAUGACGAUACUAACAGAUUCAAAAAUAGGUAAACUCCCUUCAAAGGCUGGCAAUGUCGUUUAUGAAUUAAAUAAAUGACAUAACUUGUGUUUAACAAAUAUAACUGUUAGUUAUUUAUGUUAUAUAUCUACAUAAACAUACAAUUGACUUACUUUCAACAGCUCUCUACGCGUACACAUACUACCUACAGACUGCUUUUAGGGCCUAGUAUUUAGUCUUGUCUCUAGAGAAAUAAGUGACGACUUUGAAAUAUUUAAACUAGUAUCUACUCAAGGUAAGCCCAGUGCAAUAGGUUUCUAACGUAGAUAGAAGAUGGACACUAGAUACGCUAUCAACGUAUGUAAAUGAGAUAGCAAUAGUCUGUGACCUGUGUUAUGUUUUUGUGUUUUUGUUCUGGACGAUUUGUACAACGUAAUAGACAACAACGUCCCAUACUUUAAUAAUAACUGAAUUCACAUGAAAUCACUCAAAAACGUAGGUAUCAACAAUCAGAAUUUAAAUUAAAUAGUAUUUUACAAUGGCAACCAUUGUUUGUUGGGAGCUGGUGAACUACGUCAAAACAAAAAAAAUCGCAUACGCGAAAGAGAUAGCAGAUAAUGUAGUGUAUCUCGCUUACUCUCAAUACCAAUCUAAUUUAUAUGUAUCUGUCACAUUAUUAUUGUUAUAUUAGAGACGCAUCUUCUAUGUACGGUUUCUAAACAUCAAAACGACAGUGACAGUCGUAAAUCAUAACAGCUCUGCCGGUGUACCUACCAUGCAUUGCUACUUUACAAAUAAUGUAAUGAAAACUUGAAAUGAAUUGAUAGCCUUCUAAUUUUUUUUAAUUAGUUAAAAUACCUAUCAAGUUACUGCAUCAAAUAAUGUGAUAUAUUUUAUAGUGAGUAGUAGAUAUACUUUUAAGUAAAUAAGUUUGUUACACGAGAAUAUAGGAAUAAUUUUUCGAACAUCAACUGUUCUAUUUAAGGUCCGGGCAAAGAAUAUUAUGUAAUGGUACCUACAAGUCCAGCUUGUUAUGUUGGCUAUAGUGGCAUUAGUGUCACAUGAAAAAUAAUAAUGGGUUGAAUUCCGGGAGUGCCGGCAGAGGUGAAAUUUGAACAUUAGCAUUAUGCAUUUUUGAAUAUUUUGGAAUUGCGCUAUCGUUCCUACACAAAAAUGAUAAUUUAUAUUAGAUAAAAAAUUUAACACUACAAAACUAUCACAAUUAUUUUACAUUAACAAGUUUAUCUCUCAGAAAAAUCAACUUUCAUCCAUAAUUUCAUCGACUGUCUUACGAAUUCUCGUUCAAGCCACUUGUCCUGACGCUAGUUUAACAUUUUAUACCCAACCCAAGAAAAGUGCUCAACGCCGCUGAAAAAGUUUUCACUUCAACUGGUUGGACUUGGGAAUUAGGUAGGUAUUCGUUUGGGUCUGGUUAACUGGUUUGUAUUUGCGAGCUACUGUGAAACUCGUAUUCGGUACUAAUGCCAUAUUUUAAUUUUUACAUAUUAUUAAUGUAAAUGAAAUGCAAUUACGGGGCAAAUGAGACUUAACAUCUUAUGAUUUAGAAAUGACAUCAAAAAGAAUUCUAAAGGAAUCAAUUUUGGGAAAAUAAAUGCCUUUAAAGGUUGUAGUUGUAGUUUUUGCGUUUUACUAGAAUUCUAGGAGCGAAUCACUGCAUUGUAUGCGCAUGGCGUAUCAAUUACCAUCAGCUGAACGUCCAGCUCGUCUCGUCCAUAAAAAAAUGUAAGUAAUGACAGCAAAAAUUUUAGUAACUCGAAAGGUAAUCGCUAAAAUUCGUAAACAAGCGUAAAUUCGUAUUACAUUUUGAAUUUGAAACUCCCAACUAAACUAAAUAAGGCGUGUUGGAAAGAACGCCCACUUUGUUUUGUAAGGAUUUAAUAAUAUGUGUAAAGAUAUUUCAAUGAGACUUUAUAGCUACAUAGCUAAAAUCUCUGAUGUUGGUGAACUAACACGAUAUUAUGAUACAAUAAGUAUGUUAUUAUUAUAUACAUUCCAAAUUCCAUUCGGUUUAAUUUCCAUUCUGCUCUACCAUCAUCGUAGUAGGUAUGAAACAUUAAAUUUGAUUCGAUUCCAGUCCUAAAUGAAUUCGUUUUCGUUUAUGAGAUUUUGAUAGUCGAAUCGGAAAGCGAAUGUGUGUGGCGACAAUACAAAACAUAAUUAAUGUGAUGUGAUGUAAAUGAGGGUGUUUAUAGCGUAAUUUUGAAUUCACUUAUGUUGGUAGUACCUAGUUAAGAUAGCUCAAAUCUGUAUGACAAUGUAAAUUGUAACUCGUUUCUUAUAUUAUUUUAGUAUAUUAAGUAUAAAAUAGUCUAUCUGUGAUUGUUCCUAAUUUUGUUAAGAUUUGCUCACUUAAGGAAAAAAUAAAUCAUUCGUAUUA